AUGGACACCAAAUCAGUUCAAGCUCAAUCGCCAGCUAACCCAAUAUACAUCCUUCGUGGACAUGCUUCUCCAAUUCAUGCCCUGCACAUCUACAGUCAGAAUUUACGGCUUGUAUCCGGCGACGCUAAUGGCUGGAUCGUUGUUUGGGACCUGGUCACUAAACGCCCUGUGACGGCAUGGAAGGCCCACGAGGGAGCUAUUUUGGAGGCGAGAGGCUUUAAUGUUGGCUCAGGUGCGACUGAGAUUUACACACAUGGCCGCGACCACAAACUAUGUGUGUGGAAGCUUCGACCAGAGGAUGAAUCUUUCCUCGAUAAGACGCUUCCAGUGGAUGCGACCGAAUCCGCACAGCCAGAAAGUAAAACCCAGCCGUGGUUACUCCAUUCCUUGCCCGUGAAUGCGCUCAAUUUCUGUGCGUUCUCAAUGGAAUUUGUCAAUUCGGACGGGCUUCCCGGAUUUCCAUCCCAAUCUGGAAAACCAGAGAACACUCUCUUUGCGGUACCCAAUGCUUUGGACUCUGGUGGAGUCGAUAUCUUCCACCUACCAUCCGAGCGCAGGAUCAGUACUAUUCCUUCCGAACAGUCGAACAAAACUGGAAUGCUGAUGGCUGUAAAUCUCUUCGCGUCACCUUCUGGGGAGCUCUACGUCGCCUCUGCAUAUGAAGAUGGUCAUGUGAUGGUCUUCGUUCACCGUGGAGCUCUCAAAUCGGCUAGCUUCGAGCGUGAGUAUAUAAGCAACAACCCUUUGAAAUGGGACAAGCUUUAUGCUGGCCGCCCUCACUCCCAGCCGGUCCUUUCAUUAGAUGUUGCCCCGUCCCGUGGAUACUUCAUCUCUUCUUCUGCGGAUGCUCUUCUCGUCAAGCAUCCUAUCCCUAGCGUAGGGCCUGGGGGUUAUAUCCCUACCGCUGGCUACAAAGAGGAAUCUCCUUUGAAGAUUAUCAACACAAAGCAUUCGGGCCAACAGGGUCUGCGGAUCCGAUCGGAUGAGAAGGUGUUUGCUACUGCUGGCUGGGACAGCAGAAUCCGCGUGUACUCGGGCAAAACAAUGAAAGAGCUGGCUGUGCUGAAGUGGCAUAAGGAUGGUUGUUAUUCUAUAGCGUUUGGGGAUACUGAAAGCACGUCUUCGCUGAUGUCUUCAUUCCCUGAGUCUGCAAAACAAGAACCCCGAGAUGCAGACCAGGGCGCGGCAGGACAGACGGCGGUCGACGGACGCGACUACUCUCUUGCAACAGUGCAGCAACAACGGAAUCAAAAAGUACAACAAACUCAUUGGCUAGCGGCUGGGUCUAAGGACGGGAAGAUUUCAUUAUGGGAUAUCUACUGA